AUGGGUUUGCUUUUCUCCCUCCCAGGACAGCAGGCCUUGGUCUGCCAGUGGGGGACACUUCAGUUCGUGCGGAAUGUAUCGGACAUGCCCCUGCAGUGGACAGCUGGCCAGCAAUCCUGUGAGAUCGGCUGGGGUUGCCAGGACACGCUGAUGUUCAUCGAGAACGGACCCCAAGUGAACUUGGUGCUCAGCAAGAGCUGCACGCAGGCAGAGGACCAGGAGGCCCAGGUCACCCACCACAGGGCAGGCCCGGGCCUCUCCGUAGUCUCCUACACCCACGUGUGUCGCCAGAAGGACUUCUGCAACGACCUCUCCACCACCGCCCCGCUCUGGGCCCCGCCCCUCCCAACAGAGCCCGGGCCAGUGCGGUGCCCAGUCUGCUUUCCUACAUUCGGAUGUCCAGAGGAUGCAGCAGAGCAGAUCUGCCCUGCCGGGUACACGCACUGCUACAAUGGAGUCCUCCAGCUCAGGGGAGCGAACAUCUCCACCAAUCUGAAAGUCCAGGGAUGCAUGUCCCAACCAGGCUGCAACCUGCUCAAUGGGACCAGGAAAAUUGGGCCCAUUGAUGUAAGUGAGAGCUGCAAUGCCAAAGAUUUUCUGUUUUGUCAUCGGGGAGUCACAUUGCAGAUUAAGGCCAACUUGACUCAAGAACCCGCUGAAUGGACUACAUCUAGUUACCAGAUGUGUGGUGCUGGAGAGGUGUGUCAGGAGACGCUGCUGCUCAUAGAUGUGGGAUACAGAUCACUCCUAUUGGGGAGCAAAGGCUGCAGCAAGGCUGGGGUGCCAGAUUCCCAGACUGUCUCCAUACAUUCGGGGCCCCUUGGAGUACUGGUCGCUUCCUAUGUCCGGUACUGCUCCUCCGACUAUUGCAACAGAGCCAGCACUAGCAGCGUCUUGCUGAACGCCCUCCCUCAUCCAGCUGCCCCCGCCCCGGGAGACCUGCGCUGUCCUGUCUGUGUGCAGUUGUCUGGUUCCUGCUUACCGAACUCUAACUAUGCAACAUGCCCUAAUGGCACCACUCAUUGUUAUAAUGGACACAUUAAUCUCAGGGGAGGUGGAGUGACCUCUACAUUGAGCGUUCAGGGCUGUAUGGCCCCAUCUUCAAUAUCGUUGUUGAACCACACCCGGAAUAUUGGGGCUUUCUCUGUGAAGGAGAAUUUUGAGGGGGUGCCCGAAGGGACGCCGAAGCGGCCAUUCCUCCGUUCAGCCCUCCAGGACACCGUGGAGGAGGCUAAUGAGACGAUGCAAUCCAAGGAUGCCGCCUGGACUAAGGAGGGGACACUGCACGUGAAGAGUGGGGAGGCAGAGCUGACUCGCAGUGGCUAG